CUCCUUAUUGUCGCUGCAAAGUGGCUGCCCCACUUGAGCCCUCCUCCGCCCGCUCGUCGUCCUGCUGUGCCUGCGCCAGCCCACGUCCUGCCUGUGUCGGGUCGUCCUCCAGCUGUCCUGCGCUUCCCCCUCCACGGCCCCCGUCCUGUACCUCGCUCGAUCCACCGACCUUACAGCUGCUCGUCCUCCUCUCUCUGUAGUACCUGGUGCUGCUACGGCUGCUGUUGCUGCUGCUACUACAUGCUACCGCCUCCGCGCGUGUGCUUGCUUCCUGGUCGUCUGUCAGCCUGCCUGCCUCACCCGCCGAGCGUAAUCGAUCCCACCUGGGCUCAGCCCGAGCCCUUCCUCUCUCUGCCACCCGCCUCUUGUCCUGCCCCCUUCCUCCCCCCCUCCUUCCUCCCUCUUAAAAGCCUUUCCAACCUAACCUCGUCCUUAUGAGUUCGCUGAAUUCUUUGAAUUCGCGCUUCAAGGGCCUCGGUUUUGGCAAGCGCAAGUCCACGGCCAGCAUCCCUUCCUCAGACACCAGCAGCCUCCACCAGCAACAGGCCAGCAACACUGCUACCCCGCCGCCUCAAAUACCGCAGCAGUUCCCAGCUUCGGGUCAGCCGCAGCCCAGCCAGCCUGGUGUCGCGCCUCCCCUCCCCUCGUCCUCUUCUCAACAGAGCCUCCCGACGAUGAACCAUCCUGGUGGUCCUCCACGCCCACCGAGUUACAACGCAAACUUCCCCCCUGGAGGCCCUCCUGUCGGCAGAACCAGUCCUCUCACCCAGGGUCCAGCCAGAACCCCGCCGUCCCAAAUGGUUGGCGGCCCUCCCCCCAUCAACACCGGCGCUCCCGUCGCCGGCUACCCUCCCCAGAUGGGAGGGCCCGGCGGCCACCCUCCCCCAGGCAUGGGCGGUCCUCCUGGAUACGCCGGCUACCCUCCGCCUGCUCCUCCGCCUCAGCAAGGUCCUCCGAUGCAGCAGUACGGUCGGCCGCCGGCGCCGAAUGAGGUCGAUGCUCAGAGCAAGAGCAAAGCCCAGCUUAUUGUUGGCAUCGAUUUCGGAACCACUUUCUCUGGUGUAGCAUUCGCUUUCGCGACCAACAACGAGGCCAAGGAAGACAUCAUUACAGAGUGGCCAGGCGCUGGUUCUUACACAAAACAAAAGAUCCCCACCGUGCUGUACUACGAUCAGUACCAAAAGGUGGUUGGCUGGGGUCCCGAUAUCGCAGAUGCCUUGGCACCGACUGGUUACCCCAAGCCUGGUGUGCAGAAGGUUGAAUGGUUCAAGCUGCAGCUGAUGCUGUCAGGAAACACCUACAUCGAUCCCAUCAACCUGCCCCCGUUGCCCCCGGGAAAGUCUGAGAUCGAUGUGGCCGCCGACUAUCUUUUCAAGCUUCGCCAAGCCAUGAGAGCAGCACUGCAAAAGACUCUUGGUGAUGUGUUCAUCAGAGAGGAGCGUAACAUCCGCUACUAUCUGACAGUACCAGCCAUCUGGAACGAUGCCGGAAAGGCGGCUACUCGUGCUGCUGCCAUUCAGGCUGGCUUCCUGCGUGACGAGAACGACAACAGACUGACCCUCGUCAGUGAACCUGAAGCCGCCUCUCUGUUCUGCGCCAAGACUGGGCUGCUCAACCUCCAGAUUCAUGAUGCCAUCCUCAUUGUCGAUUGCGGUGGUGGCACAGUGGAUCUGAUCGCGUACGAGGUCGAGGAGCAGAACCCCUUCACAGUCGCAGAGUGCACAGCCGGUUCCGGUGACUCAUGUGGUUCUACUGCCCUGAACCGCAACUUCAGCAACAUCCUCCGGACCAAGAUCAGGAAAAUGAAACUGCCCGACGGAUCCAGAACCGCCGGACGUGUCUAUGCAAAGUGCAUCAUGGACUUUGAGAACAGAAUCAAGGCCGACUUCCGCAACAACGGCCAGAAGUGGGCUGUCGAUGUUGGUAUCGAGGCAGAGUUCCCCGAGGCCGGCAUUGAGGAGGGUUACAUGACUUUCACCAACGAGGAGAUUCUUCAGUGCUUCGAGCCUGUAGUGAACCGGAUUCUCGAGCUCGUCAGAAACCAGAUUGUCGCCAUCCAAGCGCAGAACCGCACGCUCCAGAACAUCUUGGUCGUCGGCGGUUUCGGCGCUUCCGAGUACUUGUUCCAGCAGAUCAAGCUCCACGUCCCUCCUCAGUUCCAGUCGAAGGUUGUUCGCCCUAUGGACUCGGUCGCUGCCAUUGUCAAAGGCGCUGUCACUGCUGGUAUCACCGAGAGAGUCAUCACCCACAGAAUCGCCCGUCGGCACUAUCUCAUGGCAACUCUGCAGCCUUUCAAAGAAGGUUACCACCCCGAGGCUUACCGGGUUCCUUCCUUGGAUGGCAAGGACCGGUGCAAGUUUACCAGACAAAUCUUUGUGCAGAAGGGCCAAAAGGUCAAGAUUGGCGAACCUGUCAAGGUUUCUUUCUUCCGACAAGUGGCUCCCGGCGCGACUCUCAUGUACGAGGAUAUACUGUAUGCUUGUGACGACGACGUCUGCCCAGAAUACACCAAGGAUCCUCGCAUCAAGGAAGUGGUUACCCUGACAUCCGAUUUGUCAAGAAAGAAUCUCGAGAAGGACUUUGAGCGCAUGGACACACCUCAGGGCACAUUCUACCGGGUAUACUUCGAUAUCUAUCUUACUCUGGACGGCUCAGAAUUCAGUGCCGAGCUGGUGUGCCAAGGAGAGGUCAUGGGCCGUUGCAGAGCGAGAUUCAGGUAAUGACAUAGACAAAGCUGGGGAGGGUUUGGUUGUAGAGAAGCAAAAGAGCGGGUCAUUAUUAGCACCGAAACAAGUUCGGUAUGCCUUAUUUAACGCCAAAUGAUACCUUUUACUCCAUGUUUGGAAAUAUGAAGGAAUUCACCAUUCGCAUCGAGGGCGCAUGUGAAUGACUUGACAGGCCAAUGUCACGCGCGAGGUCACGCGUCG